AUGCAGUUUUGGAAUGCAUUCAACAAUUGGAAUUUCCGUUAUUGGGUUUACCUCCUUUUCGUUGGUUUCAUCGUCCACACUGUUGAACAUCUUUCGACUUACUUCCUCACCAAAGCCGCAAUACAGCAAGAUGAGGAAUCGGCGCUCAUGUUGGCAUCCCCGUUCGAUACCUGGGUGGGGUAUUUCUACUUCAUAUUUGGCCCA